AUGUUGCGUUUCUUGUGCUUCCCAUGGGCCGGUUGGGCGGCCGGCUACGCGGCCAAUGCAGCCAUACUGCCGCCACACUUGCACUGUGGUCGAAUGGGCCGGUACCAGACGACCCACGAAGCAGCUCGAGUUUGGAGGCGCCUGGGUUCGGACAGCAAUAUGCGAGCAGACGUGACCUGUUGCAGCCUCGAUAAGAUCAGCUCUGUGCUGGAAUACGCGACCCUGGUUUUGGACUUCAAGGUCAACACCAUGCGCCAGCAGACGCUUUUCGCCAAGGAUAUUGAAGAAGGGCUCGGCCGCUCGAAAUCUGAAAGCCCAUGCCAGCCCUUAAUGCAGGGCCGGUUCUCCGAUCGCUUGAAAGCACUGCAGCAAACUGCCUUGCCGCUGGGGCUUGAAGGCAUUGGUCUUCAACGUCAGGUUGUCCGCCUGACCUUGAGGUCGCAUUGCCUCCUGCAUCGAAAUGGAAAGUCUUGGGCUUUAUCUUUGAAGGCACAGCGGAGGCAUCUUCAGCGCAUUGUCAAGCUACAAGUCUUAUUGCGAUCAUCCGCAGCCGAGAUCCGACAAAACGACGAGCAGUCAGCACGGUCUGCGCGACAGUCGGGGCUGCAGCAGUGCUUUCAGUUGCCACUGUUAGCUGCACAAUCGGGGCUCGUGCUUGCAGAUGUUGACACACGUGGACUGGCACACGACGUGGCAUACCCCUUCCAGCGUCAAGUGGGGGAAGUGAGAACUUGGCACGUCUGGGUAGAUCGGCACUCGAUCUUGUUCUCACGGUACUUGGCCAAGCUGGUGUAUCAGUUAAAAGCUUUGACAGCCAGCUUGGAUUAUUCUUUCCUUCAAGGCGUGGGCUCUCAAGUCUUCUGGGGUGGGGAGGAAAUUCUUGAGCCGACGCCCACGUGGCGAUGGCCAAACUUUGACCGUGGGCUGGUUGCGAACUCUGCGACCUCUGCAAGUAACUUCGCGGUGGCAUUUCUGAUGUCGAAUCGCACCUCGCGUGAAGAAUUGGAGGCAGCCUGGAGCGUUGGCCUAUCGAUUUUGCAGACUUCAGACGAUUCAGAGUUGAAGGUUCUUUUCCUGGAAGACUCUCUCCGCAAAGCUUGGGAGACAAACUAUCGGCCCGUUCACGCGGGAGAGCUUGCCAUGCGAGCACGGAAGACUCCAAAUGUCGAGGUCCUCUGGCGUCGGCAUCAGGCGACUCUGAACAACAUCGUCGUUGCAAGAGAGCACCUGGGCGAGAAGGGCGAGUUGCUGGGCGAGCAGCUGGGCGAGCAGCUGGGCGAGCAGCUGGGCCCGCUGCACCUGGCCUGCGUGGACCUCCGCUCCGGCUCCGGCUCCCGAACGGCGCCGGCGCCGGCCGUCCGGCGCCUCCCACAGCGCCUCGUGCGCUGGGCUGAGGUUGUUGGGAAGGACCCCCCGCAGAGCCCUGAAAGUCAGGGCAGCCUCACUUUCUUCCGCUUUCGCAUGCGGUCAGACAGGCUAGAGCGGCAAGAGCGGCUAGAACCGAGACGUGCUGGUGGUGCCGAAGACUUCGAAGAGUUGCGGCGCCCUCUGCCUCCCUGGCGCGGACGCCAAGGCUCGCCCCCUUUCCUAAAGCCGUACUUGGACUUCCAUCGCCGGGCGGUGCAAGCUUCGAGGUCUUCGCAAGGCUCCAGCAGCGUGAACGCAGUGAAUACCAAGCCCCGUGCACUGGUGUACGUGUGCAACCCUUUCACACUGUGUGGCGGCCAUGGCGACCGUACCAAUGGCAUCCUCUCCGCCUUCACACUGGCUCUUCUUACCUCGCGUGCCUUCUUUAUUGACUUUGACUCCCCUCUUCCCCUGACACUGCUUCUCCAGCCGCGCGUCACUGGAGAAAGGGGCGAACCGGGUGAACCGGGCGAACUGGCUCUCGACUGGCGACUCCAGGGCUUAGGAUCCAUUGGCCAAGGGGCCCACUGCUUCUACUUGGACGAUCGGAUCUCCUUCCAGGAGGACUUGACAUGGUUGCUGGAAGACCCCAGCCAUAUUCUGCAUGUUUCGAUGAACCACCGCGAGCUCAAAGCUCUCUUGGCGCACGAGCUGCUGCAAAAGCAGGCCGAGCAGAUGAACUUAAGGCAGGCCCCGCAUCUGGCAGCAAGGCUUUGGGACACCCUUUUUCAGCCUACAACGAUGCUGCAGACGCGUAUGCAGCAGGCGGCCGAACACCUCGGAAUUGCUCCUCACGACGACCAAGACGGCACGAUAGCAUUGCCCUGGACUGCUCGCGGCCAGCUUGGGUUCCUGGGCAUCCACUUCCGAGCUGGAAACGAGUCUGCGCGCCUGUGGUGGGACCCUUCUCGUCACGCCCUCAGCAGCUUGCCCGACUUUCUCCAGUGCGCAGCGUGGGCCGAGAAGGAACUUGGGCUGCCCUUAAGCACACCCUGGUUUCUAAGUACUGACACCAUCUCAGCUCUGGAGGCACCUGAGGUACAAAGCUUACGGGCAUCAGGGAAAGUGAGAGUGUUGGAUGGCGAGGAUGGUUGGAAGCUCGCUCAUGUGGACAGGUCACAUGCCAACCUUGGCUUGCAAGGCUUCGUAGAUUCCUACGCGGCGUACCUGCUUUUGGCUUCAGCUCAAGUGCUGAUCCUCUCACGCAGUUUCUUUGGCGAGACGGCGGCAGAGAUUGGAGCGGUGCCACAUGUCUACUUUGCCGAAGGUUUGGGCGCACGUGGCCGAGCGGUGCCAGAGGAUGACCCUCCUCUGCAGUUGGCAGAGCAGGAAACAAUGUAUGCCUUUUCCUAUGGGGCAUUUCCUGGCCUUUAUGCCGGCAAUGCGGUGCUGACGCCCGCCUCCUCGUAUGACUAUCCCGGCUUUGGCUAUGGGGCUUCCAAGAAGAAGGAGGAGGCCGAGAAGGCCGAGAAAGCCGAGGUGAGCUCCAAGAAGAAAGCCGAGAAAGCGGAGAAAGCCGACAAGAAGAAAGGCGGAGAAAAAGUCAAAGCCAAACUUGCCAAAGCGACCAAAGAGAAAGGAAAAGAGAAGGAUACCAAAGACAGCGAUGCCAUGAACUGGCCCAAAGGACUUCUGGUUUCUGGUGGGAAAGACAAGAUGGUCAAGAAGAUCGUGCGCGGGAGCUUCAGGUUUGCUGGCGAAAACCAUGGCAGGCCGUACUACCGGAAAGACGAGAAGUUCAACGACCUAGACGUGCUUCUUUAUUUCUGGGAUGACCGAGAUGGCUCCGACUUUUCCGGCUGGUGGUUCGGGCCCAAAGUCGGUGGAGACCAGGUCUGGGCCUACCAACCGGGCGAUGACCAGACACCCCCCGAGGGCGGGUGGAAGGUGCCCUACGACGGCCCGGUGGACAAAACCUUCACGGUGACGGCAAAAAAGGAGAAGGCCAAGAAGGAAGCGAAGGAAGCGAAGGAAGGCAAAGAAGGACAAGACGGCCCUGAAAACCCGGGAGGGGACGCCAUGCAGGCGUACUCCAUGUGGUAUGGGAUGCCGUACAUGGACCCUCACGCAGCAGAGCGUCACAUGCAGGAGUAUGCCCGGCUACACCAGGAAGAGGCCAAGAGGAGGCUGGAGAUGGAGUUCCAACGACAAAAAGCCGAAGAACAGCGGAGGAAGGAGGCGGAGAGGAAGAGGAAGGAAGAGAUCCGCAAGAGGCAGGAGGAGGUCAGAAAGAAGAAGGAGGAAGACAUGAAGCGACAGAAGGAGCUUCAAGAGCAGCGGAUCAAGGAAGGAAAGGCCGUCUUCAUGGUGCGCAAGGUCAUUCAGAAGGUGGCCGCGGCGACGCCCGAGAAUCUUGAUGCGUUGGAGAAGGAACUGGAGCAAUGCCUCCAAGAUCACCUGGAGGACACUGGAAGCCAGAAAGAUCACAUGAAGUCGGAAAGCGACAAGUGCUUGGAUCAAGCCAAGAAGCGCAUCGAGAUCCUGAACGAGGCAAAGCGCAAAGCACAGGAGAAGAAGGAGGCAGACGAGAAGAAGCGGCAGGAGAUGGAGCAGCGGGCCAAGGAGCUUUUGGCAGAGCUGAGCCAGCUGUUGGAUGUUGCCGAGAAGGGGGUGGAACACCUCAAGGAGGUGUGUGCUCCUUUGGAGCAGGGCGACCAGCAGAGCCAAGAAGAGGUGGACAAAUGCGCCGAUGCCGUGGAGGCUGCCGGCCUUGAGACGAAAAGCCUUGUGAAGACAUGCAUGGAUUUCUUGGUCAGCAACGGCCCGGAGAUGAAGGACCCGCCGUCCGGAGUGGCGGGCACCGGUGCAACGGGCGCCUCGGAGAUCAAGCAGCUCAUGGCGCGGUGCCUCUCGAGGAUCAACGAGUGCACGAAGCUCAGCGAUACGCUGGUGGCCGCGUCUCGAGCAGUCCAGCUCGCUGUCGCGCGGCGGGCCGCAGCGUCACGGGCCACCAGCCAGCUCAAGGAUCUCUUCAAGAAAUACGAUGUCGAUGGUGACCAGAUGCUGUCCAAAAAGGAGGUGCUCGCCUUUGCAAAAUCCGAGCUCCAGCUGACACUGCCUGCGGAAGUUCUGGACAAGAUGUGGCCCAAAGUCGUCGAGGACCAAAGAGACGGCGUUCUUUUCGAAAGGCUGCACGUGCUCAAGUGCAAGCUGGGCAUGCAGCGGGAGCUCCUCCGCGACCAGCAGCGGAAGGAGCGACGUGAAGCUCGCGACAAGGUGCGGGCAAUUCUCCGGGCCCAGCUCGACACGAAGGUACAGCGGGUCGAGAGGGACGUAGAGGCGGUGGAGCAGGCGGUCGCGAAAGUCGAGCAAACGCUGCCACCGCUAGAGGAGGAGGCUCGGAGGUCCAUCGACAUCCCAGCCCAGACGGCGGGCUGCAAGGUUGUGCUGCAGGACGCACGGGAUGUGGCCGGUGCUGUUCAGCAGAAGAUCGACGAUCUGCCCAGCGGCUUCGAAGAGCGUCAUCAGGAAGACGUGAAGGACCUGCUGAUCCCAGACCUUCGCAUUCUUUCCAAGCGGAUGGCCCGCUUUGACUUGCGACUGCGGCGCAUCGACAACCUCUGCAAGCGCUUCGAAAUGGAGGUGCAGCAGAGGCAGCGCGCCGAGCUCUAUGGAGCACGGCUCUUCGCUGUGAAGGUCGCCCGGCUCUAUGCUGCACGACGCAGCCGCAGCCUUCGGCAGCUGUUCAUCGAAAUGGAUGCCAGCGGAGAUGGUGGGAUCGACUUGCAGGAGUUCUCGCUCUUCUUCAUGUCGAUGGAGCGCGGCAUCCUGGACGAGGCCUCCGCUCCGGAGCGGCUGCCGGAGCCGAAGGCGGCGCCGCCGAAGGCUCCGGCCAAGGUCCGGGACGAGCUCCCCGUUUUGGAGCCUGUGCAGUUAACAGAGGAACUUCUGUCCCGACUCUUUCCAAGCCUCCUCGCACCUGGUUGCAGCAAGCUCUCGGAAGAGGCCUUCUAUCAGCUCAUGCGCUGCUACUUCAAGGUGGUCAAAGAAGGGCCCCUUACGUCGGAGCUGCAGGUGACGGGGACCAACAGCCUAAGACAGGCGAAGCUCGACGAGGUGGUCGAGCUUCUCGAUGGACCUGCUGAGGAGCCUCAGAUGAAGGUUUGGCGAGUCAAGGGCCGGCUCCUGGCGGAUGGCUUGGAAGGCUGGCUGACGCUGCGAGGAACGGAUGGCGUGGCACAUCUUCAGGACUGGCGGGCACUGUUCAAGGUCCUUCGUGACGUCCAGCUCACGGAGAAGUUUGAGCGGCCCGCGGACACGAAGCACCUGGAGCGAGCGCUGGGCCUCACGGGCGAUGAGGGUCUGGAAGUCUCGGCUCCGGAGAAGGAGCCUGAGACGCCCGAGACGCCUGAGACGCCAGAGAUGUCCGAGAAGGUGAAGGAAGUCAGUGUGGUGAACUCCUCGGUUCUGGAGGAGGAAGGUGAAGAGACACCCAACGGAUUCGAUCCGGAAGAUCCCUUCGAUGCUGAAGGGCCCGAACCCGAAGUCGAGGAGGCUCCGGCCAUGCCACUGGGCUUCCAGCUCUUGCAGCACGUCGACUCACCCGAGCCGGAGGAGCCCGACGAGGGCUUCCGGCGCUUGCGGGAGGGCGAGCUGGUGGAGGUUCUGGAGUGGCCGUCGAACCACCUCGAGUCUGGGCUCACUCGCAUGAAAGUGCAAGCCACGAAGGAUUGCGCGGUGGGCUGGAUAACGCAGACCAACGCGGAUGGCAUCAUCUUUGCAGAACCGCACUGA